AUGGGUGGUGGAGAGAGGUACAACAUUCCUGUUGCAAAAUCAAAAUAUGGUCCCAUGAAGAACCAGCAGAUAAAUGGGCGACAGAAUGGGCGACAAUGGUGCAAAGAUCCAAAUGUGUCCCAGGUGAAGAUGAGGCAAAAGGGAGAAAGAGAUGAAGGCUGGCACAUGCAUAAAGAAGGGAAGAGUGCUGUCUGUUUCAGUGCUUAUGGUCCUACCUGGAGCACCCACUUAACAUCAGAGAGCAGUCAGAACUAUGCCGGAGCUAAAUUUAGUGAGCCACCAUCCCCGAGUGUUCUACCAAAACCACCAAGCCACUGGGUACCUGUUUCUCUAGGAUCUACUGAUAACAGAGAAGCCAUGAGCUUUAAACUGAAAACCUUACUUAAAGUGCAGGCUUGA